GGAAGGAGGCAGAGGAGGGUGUAGUUUUCAUGUGUUUCAGGAGACCCACCUAUACCAGGGCUGACCACGCUGUUGUGUGAGCCCUCCAUACUGGGAUUCAGUCUACAUGGCUUUAAGUGAUUGUGGAACAGCGCUGAUGAAUGUGAUGCAUGCUUUUGGUGUUCGCUUGGUGUAUUUGUGUUCUCUAAAUUGAAAAUACUACUUAAAAACAUUUCUGAAGAUUCUGGAUGGCUGUCUUUGCAAUAUAAAUCAGUGUAGUUUUGUCUUUGUGCAUGUGAAGAUGACCUGAAACAAAAUGCUGGGAAUGUGGAUUUAUGUGCUUUAUUUUUCAUUUGGGCAUUGAAUGAAGACUGCUGCCAAGGAUAACUGUAAAUUGAUGCGAGGAAACUAAUACGAAGACAAAGUCAAGGAGAAAUUAGAAGUAGGGGAGAGGAGAGUAGAUAUGAGUAGGUGAUGAUAGAGAAUGAAAUGAAAGAAAAGGACGUAGUAAGAUUUUUUUCCUACUAAAUACAUUUUUGCUCCAAACCUGUUGUGCUCUUUGCAGGGUCUGGAACAAACUGGCAGCCCAGUGAGCUGUGUGCCAUGGUUACAGGUGAAGGGUUUAUUUUCCUCAGAGCUGGGAAAUAGUCCCAUACUGCUGCUUGCCAUCAGGUCUUGUGAGAUGCGUGACACGUGGAUCGCCCAGUUGAUGUGCAUCUGUGAGUGCACAUUUCAGUCUAACCCAUUUUGACUAACCCAUUUCAGUUGAAAGGAGCUCUGUUAUAUCAAGCAGUAUUAUUACUAGAUCCUUGCUAGUACAAGUAAUUUUGACUGAAAAAAAAAUUCCGCAGGAUGUGUUCUUCAGCAUAUCAACUAGUAGGAGUGACAGUCUCUGGCAGAGAUGCUUGUGAACAGUCUGUGAGGGUUAUCUUUUUCAUUGGCGUGGCUCAUUUUGGAAGGGAACAGCUGUCUGCAGCCUGGCCGGGAGCUGUCCAUCUUUGUCCGACAAAUACUUGAGCGAAAUAAUGAGUAAUGCAGGUGUGAAGGGAUGCGAACCCUGAAUGACACAGCUGGUGAUGCACUAGUUAUAGGUGUAGCUGUUAUGAAAAAAACAUUUUUUGGUUGUAUUUCUUUUAUUUCUGAAAAUGAGAUAAACAGUUCAGCAUAGAGUGCUUUUGUAUUUAUUGAUAAAUGGGCUGUUUUAGGCAUACUGAAGGUGGUUGGUUGGUUUUUUUUUUUGCAUUGUUUCUUCUUCUCUUAGUAAGAGGCUCCUCUAGCAGGAGAUGGAUGAAAAUGCUGAGUGAUGUGGUCAUUUCAGAAUAGCACUUGGAUUGUUGUAUCCUUCAGUACAGAGUUUUGGAAGGAAAAAUUAAGCUAACUUGUCAGGAGUGCCCUUCUCCGCAGCAUAUUUCUGUAUGUAGAUACAGUGGGUGCCUUUUGGAUUGACUUUAGAAUCAUAUUCCCUUCAAAUUUUAUCAUGUAUUGUGAGUUAAUAGCAUCUGCAUUUUAACUGAAAUUAAAUAUAAGGAGAAAAAUAUGCAAGUCAUGUAAGCCCUGUUGUUACCAACACACGUAUUGAGCUUCACAUGUAAUUUUCUCUUUUUUGUUCUUAGUAUUCUCAAAUUACUUUUCUCUGCUGGUUCUGAACUCACUCUGUAUACUUGCUUUUAAUACAGACAAGUUUUGAAUGAUCAUUGUAAAGGAUUGUAUUUAUUAUUAAAUACUACGUGGAUCAUCUGUGACUCAGUAGUACUGUCCUCAGUGAGGAGAUGUGUCUGAAGUGCUGGCUGUACAAAAGGUACAUAUAUCUACUGGAGAGCAAAUACUCUCUUAAGGUAUAGGUAGUUUAAGGUAAAUGUUGUUGAUAUUUUAGCCUGGUUGAAGAGGGCUGUAACUAAGUUUAUUGAGCCUGUCAGCUCUCUCCUACUUGUACAUCCAGCUCCCUGUCUACCCCAGCCUUUCCAGUAGGUUUUGAUUCUGUUUUCCAAAUGUUUUUAAAGAUAAGGCAGUUCUGGGUAGCUCAGGAGAGUCAAUUGCUGCACAAAAAAGAGUUAUCUGUUAGUGUUUUCCCCAAGAGAGGCAUUUGCAGCAUCUGCUCAAGGGAAGGUAUGUUUAUUUGGUGUGAUGUGUGUCCAGUCAGCCUGCUUGCCCUGAGCAGUUGCCAUCUAGCACCAUGUGCAGCCAGUAUUUGUUGGAGAAGCGAUUCUGUUACAGGACGUGUUAAAGCAGUUUGUGUUUUUUUUGUCUAAAGUACUGUAUAUAAAUGUUCACGUAGACCUCUUCAUUUCUCAAGCAGAUUGCCUGUAAAGCAGGGUUGAAUCCCUCCUCACCCAACCUACUGAAGGCCAAAAUGCUUUAAGUUUGGGUACGAUUAGUCAGUUACUGCAUUGCUGGGCCUUAGGUGGCUUGGUUAUUUUCACCCCGUCAGUUUGAUCACCAAACAAUAUGUAUUGUAGCAUUUGUUCUGAGAGGCUUUCGGCAAAAAACUGACGUGUUCUCUUCCUCUCCCGUGUGUCUGUGCAGCACAUUGUGCUGUUGGCAGCGUGUGAGUUGAUGGGCAGCCUGUCCUCCUGCCUGCCUUAUCUACAUCCCCCGUGUGCCUCUCGUGGGUCCGGCAGCCUGUGACCUGGCAGCAUGCAAGUCCCUGGCUACGUGCACUUUCUCCGGUUCUCUGACUGGCUACAGAAGUUGCAUUAAUAGGGGAAGUACAGCAAACAGUUCAACGAGAAGAGCAAGCAGGCUGAGGGCUGAGGCAGGACUCCUGCCGCUUCUGUGUUAAAAUUUUUGAAGCCAUGGGAGUAAAGGUCCAGAGACCUCGUUGCUUUUUCGACAUAGCCAUCAACAAUGUACCUGCUGGAAGAGUGGUCUUUGAACUGUUUUCAGAUGUGUGUCCAAAGACAUGUGAGAAUUUUCGCUGCCUUUGCACAGGUGAAAAGGGUACAGGAAAAUCCACCCAAAAGCCAUUGCAUUACAAAAGUUGUCUGUUUCACAGGGUAGUGAAAGAUUUUAUGAUCCAAGGCGGUGACUUCAGUGAAGGAAAUGGCAGGGGAGGAGAAUCCAUUUAUGGUGGCUUUUUUGAAGAUGAAAGCUUUGCUGUAAAGCACAACAAAGAAUUUCUUCUUUCAAUGGCCAACCGAGGGAAGGAUACAAAUGGUUCACAGUUCUUUAUAACUACUAAACCUACACCUCACUUAGAUGGACAUCAUGUCGUCUUUGGACAAGUCAUCUCAGGUCAGGAAGUGGUGAGAGAAAUAGAAAACCAGAAAACAGAUGCAUCUAGUAAACCAUAUGCUGAAGUACGCAUACUGAGUUGUGGAGAGUUGAUUCCAAAAUCCAAAGCCAAGAAAGAAGACAAGAAAAGGCACAAGUCGUCUUCCUCAUCCAGUGACUCGGAAAGUUCAAGUGAUUCGGAAUCAUCUUCUGAUUCAUCAUCGGAUUCUGAGAGUGCUUCAGAAGAAAAAUCUAAAAAGCGAAAAAAGAAACACAAGAAAAAUUCCAAGAAACAUAAGAAGGAAAAGAAAAAGAGAAAGAAAAGCAAGAAGAGUUCAUCUAGUGAAAGUGAAGAUGAAAACCCUGAAGCACAGCCAUUAUCUACUGUCCGUCCUGAAGAAAUUCCUCCUAUACCUGAAAACCGGUUCCUAAUGAGAAAAAGUCCUCCUAAAGCAGAUGAGAAAGAAAAAGAGAGGAAAAGCAGAGAGAAGGAAAGAGAGAGCAAUCUAUCGAAUUCCCAGUCAACAUACCAGAGAAGGCUGCUGGUGACCAGAUCUGGAAGGAAAAUAAAAGGAAGAGGACCAAGGCGUUACCGGACUCCUUCCAGAUCCAGGUCAAGAGAUCGAUUCCGACGCAGUGAAACUCCUCCACAUUGGAGGCAAGAAAUGCAAAGAGCUCAAAGAAUGAGAGUGUCUAGUGGAGAAAGAUGGAUAAAAGGAGACAAGAGCGAAAUAAAUGAAAUCAGGAAAGAUAAUCAGAAAAGCCCAGGAAGAGGAAGGGAGAGAAAAACAUCAGACCACAGACAAGUUUCUGAAAGUCCAAGCAGAAGAGGGGAAAAAGAGAAGAAAAAAGAUCAUAAAUCCAGCAGUAAAGACAGGGAGACGAGAAGAAAUUUGGAAAAAGAUGACAAGCAUAAUAGAAGCAAGACCAAGAAAAGAGGUAAAUCUAGAAGCCAUAGUAAAAGCAGGGAGAAAUCAAGAAGUAAAGAAAGAGACUCCAAACACAGCAGACAUGAUGAGAAGAGAAGAUCAAGAAGCAAAGAGAGGGACCGUGAGAAAGAUAGAGAAAAAGAAAAGCACUAUGAUUCUAGAGGGAGAGAUAAAGAAAGAAGUAGGAGUAAAGAGAGAAGCAGAAGGGCAGGUUCAAGAAGUAAUGAACGUGACCAUAGGAAGAGUAAAGACAGGGAGAAACAUAAGUCAAGAAGCAGAGAGCGUGAGCAUGCUAGAGGAAAACAUAGUUCCAGCAGUAGAACAAGGGAACGAAGCAAAAGCAGAGAUAGGGGUAGAAGAGGUAGAUCAAGAAGCAGAGACAGAGAUCGCAGUCGAAGUAAAGAAUAUUCAAGAAACAGGGAUAGAGAAUCAAGAAGAAGACGAUCAAGAAGCAGAGAAAGGAGAGGUACACCAGAUAGAUACAGAGGAAGAGAAAAUAGGAGGAGGAGAAACUCAAGGAGCUCGGAGAGAGAGGAAAGUCAAAGCAGAAACAGAGAAAGAUACUCAAAUAGGGAAAGUAGAAGCUCAUAUAAGAGGAAUGAUAGUGAAAGCCAAAGGAAGAGGCAUUCAAAAAGCCAUGAAAGUAGCAGUCCUGAAUCCAGUAAAGGUAAGAAGUCUAGUAGAGAUCAAGAUAGAAGUCCAGAUUCAAAAAAGAGACCAAGUAGCAAAGAGAGAGAAUCAAAGUCAUACUCACACAGGAGUAAUGAAAAAGAAAAGACCAGAUCCUCAGCUGAAAAAGAAAUUAACCAAAAAUCUGAGAGUCAGGAAAGAGAUCAUGCCCCUAGUAAGGAUAAAAAGUCUGAUCGUGAAACAAGUCCUGGAACAGAUGAUGACAGGCAUGGAUGAGUGUUUGGACUUAAUGUUUCCAUUGUCUCAAAGUUUUAGAGACGUUUUGAGGAACGCCUUUUUUUAAGAUGUGGACUUCAGUUUGGUCUUUUGAUAAUCUAAAACCUGGAUCAUUUGUACUGCUAAAGUUUUAAUAAACUUGAAAUGAAAAACAAA